ACUAUAAAAAAACACUAAUUUCUAAAAUUUACAACUUUUUUAUUUCACAAUAAUUCAAUUUGGAAUACAUAUGCAGUCAGUAAUACAUACACUCGAAAUUUAAGUGUGUUAAAAAAAGAAAACAUUAAAAAACCACUGCUAAAAGUGAUAAACAAUUUAAUUUGUUGAAAAAUCGUUUGAAAAAUAGUUCUUGUAUAAAUCAUUGUCAAAAAAUAUUAUACAUGUAUGCAACCAACAAUACAUCAAUUGUCAGUGGCGACGUCCUCUACGUCACUCCGCUUCGACGCCGUCAUCCACGUCGCCACCUCCAUCAUCGAUCAAUGCAUUCGUCGCUUGCGCACCCUUUUUGAAAAUGGCCGGCGGCGAUCUCGAUAAUCUCGAAUAUUACAUCAAAUUUCCAAGUCCGAACUUCAACUACAGUCAACCAAACGGGGGCGAAAGUGACUACGUCUUCGUCGUCAACGAGGAAAAAAUCCCUGUGAUUCUACUAUUCGGUUGGGCCGGAUGUCAGGACAAGUACUUGGCCAAAUAUUCGCAAAUUUACGAAGAUCGGGGUUUGAUAACGGUGAGGUACACCGCACCGGUCAAAUGCCUUUUCUGGAAGCGAUUCCAAAUGAUCGCGAUUGGGGAACGACUCGUCAAGCUUUUAAUUGACUUGAAUUUCGAAAAUCAUCCAAUUAUUGUGCAUUGUUUCUCGAAUGGGGGCGCUUUUUUGUUUCAGAAUUUCACGCUGGCACUUGAAAAGAGCCCCAAACCGAUUCAGAUAAAAGGUGUGAUUUUUGACUCUGCACCGGGCAAACGUCGCGUUUUGAGUCUAUUUCGUGCCAUUUCAGCAAUUUUGGGUGGAAGGCCCCUCUAUAAUAUCCCUGCUUCGGUCCUCAUGACCAUGUUUAUAUCUAUGAUUUGGUUAUAUGAGGUUGUCAGUAAUUACAUCAGCCCUAAAAAAACAUUCCAAUCGAAUCCUUUAGAAAAUUUGAAAGACGAUAAAAAUACUUGUCCUCAACUAUUCAUCUAUUCGAAAAAAGACAUUCUGAUUCCUUAUACGGAUAUUGAAUAUUUCGCAAAUUAUCGAAAAUCUCUAGGUAUCGAUGUAACAACUCUCUGUUACGAAACAAGUCCUCAUGUCAAACACUACACCGAAAACAAAGAAAGUUACGUGAGUAGCAUAUGCAAUUUUUUAAAUAAAUGCCUAAACGGCACAAAUUAAUUCACAAUUAGGAAAAACAUUUCAACGCUUAAUUAAUGUUUAGGGUAUAUUUUAUUUUUUUAGACGUUGUUAAAC